AGCGGAGCGGAGAGGAGCGCAAAGGCUCGCAGCCCCUCCCUUAUUUCACUCCUCUCCCCGUCUGGCAAAUGCGCUCAGAUCCCCGUCGGGGUUGUUGAUCCAAAGAAAGACUGCUGCUCCGCUUCGACUCUGAGGCUCCGCGACUCUUUUUAAACUUUAAACUGUUAAUAGGCACCCUAGGUCUAUCCGUGCCAUUUCAGCUCCGAGGGAAGCCUCGUCUGCCUUUUAUCAACAGGAAGAGAAGACGGCCUGUGAACAAACUCCAACAUGAACUGGGCAUUCCUCCAGGGCCUCCUCAGCGGAGUGAGCAAGUACUCCACGGCGUUCGGCAGAGUGUGGCUGUCCGUCGUUUUCCUCUUCAGGGUCUUGGUGUUUGUGGUGGCCGCUGAGAAGGUGUGGGGAGAUGAGCAGAAGGACUUCAAAUGCAACACGGCCCAGCCGGGAUGCCACAACGUCUGCUAUGACCACUUCUUCCCCUUGUCCCACAUCAGGCUGUGGGCCCUGCAGCUCAUCUUCGUCACCUGCCCCUCGCUCCUGGUGGUGAUGCACGUGGCCUACAGGGAGGAGAAGGAGCGAAAGAACAGGGAAAAGUACGGCGACAACUGCCGCCGCCUGUACAAGAACACCGGGAAGAAGCGUGGAGGCCUGUGGUGGACCUACGUCCUCACGCUGUUCUUCAAAAUAGGGGUGGAUGCUACCUUCGUCUACCUUCUCUACCACAUCUACGAGGGCUACAGCUUCCCGCCGCUCAUCAAGUGCAGUCAGGACCCAUGCCCCAACACAGUGGACUGCUUCAUCUCUCGGCCUACCGAGAAAAGAAUCUUCACCAUCUUCAUGGUGGUCAGCAGCCUGGUCUGCAUCCUGCUCUCCAUCUUCGAGAUCACCUACCUGGUGGGGAAACGCUGCUACGAGUGUUUCAAUGGGGUCCAUCACUCAAACCGCAUCCCUAACACGCUGUCCAGUGGAUCCAGCCUGAGGCUAUCGAACACUACGAGGCUUAUGGGCGAACACACACCUGAAACGCCUGCACCCUCAUACAGCAAAGUUGUAUCAUGAGACAGGAGAAGACUUCUUCAAGGAAGACAAAGAGGAGGAGGAAGCAAUGUUGGCACUCCUUGCUGCUUGGAAAUGUCUUGUUGGUGUAAAUUAACUUCCUGAAAGACUGAAUUUUGUUUUAGAGGCUACAUUUCUAAACCAGGGAGUAUGUGUCAUGCUGUUGGUUUUGAAAAUGACUUUUAACAGACAACGCUCUAAAGCUCUUGUAAAGAAAGAACAGGGAAAUGCCUGCGCGAUGCUCUGUCUGAUUUAGCCUUGACAUCGGAAGCAUGACUCACUGCUCGGGUUUGGGGAGUUUUGCCAGCACAUGUGGUUUCUCUGUGUAAGAUUUUCCCUGUGCUUGAGCCUAACCUCAGAUGUUCAGCCUGAGACUUAUUUUGGACUUUUUUUCAAGCGUGUUAAUGACUUUGUGUCAUGAUUUACAUCUUUAUGUAUUUAUGCUGGAGGGGGGAGGGAGGGGGGGUAUGGCAAAUCCAAGAUUGCUAUUUUUGUAAACCGCUGAUCGGGUUGUGCAUACUGUACAGUGUUGAUCUCACUGAGUGUUGUUUUUCAUAUUAUGUAAUAAAUAUUGCUGGAUGUUUAAGAAGG